AAAGCUCACCCAAAUAGAGAAAUUCAAAAUGCCGUUAAGCAGCUGAUUGCUGUUAUCGAUAUACAAUUGGUACAAGAAUUACUUCAGCCCUGCCUGUCAGUUGUAGAGCUGCCUACACUAACCGGUGGAAAUUUCAUAACAAUGUCGUUUAUUGACAAGUUAAACUACUACAGCAAACGAAAAUCCUUCAAGUAUGGAAUUCCCUUUCUGCUUAUGAUGGUAGCCGGAUCCUUUGGACUGCAACAGUUCUCCAAUCUUAGGUAUCAGUACGCCAAAAAGCAACCUGUAACGCCGGAAGAAAUGAAGAAGUACGGCGUGAGCAUGAAAAAGCGUCAGGAAGUAACUCUGGAGACGGAAUACGACAAAAUUCAGUCAGUGGACAUCGAAAACUGGGAAAACAAACGCGGACCACGUCCAUGGGAAGAAGAAGGGUUGUCGACUCCGGCAAAGCAUUAGAUAAAAUGUACUUUAGGAAAAAACACUUGUUAUAGAAAGGGGCAGACAAAUUGUUGUACAUAAUUAAUAAAUUUUAACAUUUUUAUAAACGUCAA